UUCAGACACCCUUUUCCUUAAACUACAAACAAAAACCCUGCCAUUUCACUAUACUAUAUAAAUUCUUUUUUAAGUUUGUACUAGAGCCCAAAAUUUUUCAUGUUGAGGCAGGAGCUGCUGGACGAGGAGUUCGAAUGCCUUCGUCGAAUUGCACUGGCCAUUUGCCAUACCCUCGGAAGGCCAAAAGAUCGUGAGAUAUGCAGGAGCACCCUGGACGAGCUGGUCAGGUUCCAUCAGAGUCCAGCGAUCAGGAUCAAGGAAAAUGUGCACAAUUUCAUGGUGUUCUAUCUGAAAGUACUAAGAUGGACCCAAAAGAAUCAGCCCCUGGAUUUAUAUCGCCAAUGGUAUGGACAAAAUCUUGGUAAUGAUAGCAAGUAUCCAUCAUUGGCUGCCGAUUCUACUGGUGAAGUGCGAGUUUGGCUGGAGGAGGGAAAGUCCUUUUAUGCCAUGAAAACAUUUGAGGAUGGCUCCACCACCGUUUUUACCGCAGUGGCCAAAGAUCCGAGGGCCGGUUGGUCAGAAUAUGGCCUGAAAACAUUGAUGGAAACGCAAAAUGGUUGUGCUCUUAGCCAAAGUGAUAAAUACUGAAGUAGCUUUAUCUAGA